GGUUUUUUCCUCCCACAUUUCCCUCUCAUUUUCCUCCUCACAGCAGCGCUGGAGAGACUUUGUUGUGUGUCACGAGGAAUCAAAGUAACUUUACUGGAGCAAUGCGGGAGCCGAGCACCAGCAUCUUAUCGGAUCUAGACCCCUGAAACCCGCACAAACUCCACUCAUGGCCACCGCCUGGCCACCGGCCACACAGAGUACUUUAUAACAGAGAUCUGCGGAGAUCACGGGACGGAAGCUUCUUAAAACGAGCAGCUGUUUGAUCCAGAUGGCGGGACACGAAUGUGAUGGUUGGUUUGAACGGGAGGAAUUGAUCGGGCAGAUCAGCGACAUCCGAGUGCAGAAUCUGCAAGUGGAGCGAGAGGUGGUGCAGAAGAGGACGUUCACCAGAUGGAUGAAUCUACAUCUAGAGAAGUGCAAUCCUCGUAUGGAGGUGAAGGAUCUGUUUCGUGAUAUCCAGGAUGGGAAGAUGCUGAUGGCUCUUCUUGACGAACUCUCAGGAAGCAAACUACUGCACGGGUUUAAGCCGUCCUCGCAUCGCAUUUUCAGACUCAAUAACAUCGCCAAGGUAUUGGCAUUUCUGGAAGAAAGAAACGUGAAAUUAGUCAGCAUCGAUGCAACGGAUAUCGCAGAUGGCAAUCCAUCCAUAGUGCUCGGGCUUAUCUGGAAUAUCAUACUGUUUUUCCAGAUCAAGGAGCUCACAGGGAACAUUAAGAGCCAGUUUCCAUCGUCCUCCAGUCUGUCGUCAAUCCCGACCAGCUCCGAUUCGGACACGUCCCACUCCAGCACACCCACAGAUGAGAGGAAGCCCACCGUCGCUCCACGGGGUCAUGGGAAGGUCAUCAAAACCCUCCUGCAGUGGGUCCAGAGACGGACUAGAAAAUAUGGAGUUGCUGUGCAGGACUUUGGGAAGAGUUGGACGAGUGGUCUAGCUUUUCUUGCUGUGAUAAAGUCCAUUGACCCCAGUUUGGUGGAUAUGAGGAGGGCUUUUCUCCGAACACCCAGAGAGAACAUUGAGGAGGCAUUCAGAACGGCACACUACAGUCUUGGCAUCCCGAAACUCCUUGAACCAGAGGAUGUGAUGCUCAAUCCCCCUGAUGAGCAGUCCAUAAUGACCUAUGUGUCCCAGUUUCUGGAGCACUUUCCUGGAAUUGAGGAGGAUGACACAUCAGAUAUUCGGGAAAGAAGUAAAGCCAGAGCUCGUAUGGAUGAUGCUCCCGUUUGGAAUGGAGUACAGAGGAAACGGGAGUCUUAUAUGGUUAAGAAAGACUCGGUUCAUCCACCACCCAAGAUCUUUAUCUCCUCAGUGUCUGAGGAGCGUGAGCAGAUCACCUCCCCAGUCCUUUUGCAGACUACUGAGGACAGACCGUGGGCCCACGAAGGGUCGACAGUGGGCCCAAGUUCUACCAAUGACAAGCCUGUUUAUCCCCCCUUGGACUUGAACAAAGACCCAUCCACAACUAGCUCUCCACAACCUUCAUUCUCGGAUUCUGCUGUCAACUCUCCAGACUCAUGGAGUGAGGUACAUAGUGAGACUACUAACUCUCAUCGGAUUAUUGAAGAGCCAAUAAGAGAGAUACGACAGGAGAGAGAUACGACGGGUACUGUUGAAGUGACCUCAGAUUUAGGGUCUCCAUUUUCACCAGAAAGCACACCAGAAAAUCAUUUGGACCGCGAGCUUUUUAUUGACGAGGGCAACUAUUCCCUUGGCUCCAUGGAUAGUUUACAUGCCAAAUCCACUGCGGCAUCUGAGGAGGACGAUGCUUACAAGUACAUCCUAGACCUGAAAGAAGAACAGUCUAAUAAUCCUUUGCCCAGUGAUGAAUCUUGCUUAGAAGAAUCCAAAACCAAUCCUUCGGAAAACCAGGAAGGAGAGAAACCAUCUUCUGAAGAUCCUUCAUGUUUGGAAAGUGACUCUGGUUUCUUUCAGGAUAGUAAGGAAGCCAUGCUAGCUCAACCUGAGGUUGAAAGUCCUCUCCUAUCCACAGUUGAUGAAGCAGUGAAAUCAGAUUCCUUUCAGGAUGACAUUGAGUCUUCCAAUACACAAGCCAUUCAGAGGGACACUCUCGAAUCGACAGAUAGACCUGAGGAAAAAUUGGUCACAUUUGAGUAUGACAGUGAGCCUGAGUGUCCAGUUCUGCAAUACGAGAGAGUUUCUAUAUCAGGAAGUGAAGAGGAUAUUAAACUGUGCACCGAUCUGACUGAAGAACCAACAGAGGAACUGAGCAAAAACGAUCUAGCAAAUGGUCAUUCUGAGACCAAUGAGGACUUCAAUCAUGGUGAACAAGCAGGUGUCUUGCAAAGUGAGGUAAAGGAUGUUGUACUUGAUGAUCAAGAAAAACCAGUUUCAGAUCAGAGCCAAUCAGAAGUUGAGGUUCAUGAUGAAGAUCAGGUGUGUUAUAUGUGUGGAGGUCCAGUGGCGAAGAGUUCGGGGGAUUCUAGUGAACAGGGGGACUAUUGUCUGUCUCAUUCAAGCUCAACCGAGAGAGACUGUAAUUCAGAUUCGAGACAUUUUACUGAAUCAGAUGCAGGUGGAAACUUUGAGAACAAUCCAAGGGAGCAGAACAAUGAAUUAAAUGGAACUGUAAGUGAUCUCAAGAAUGAGCCAAGAGAGAGGAAAGGCAUUCGUGAAGAUCGGCUUGUUAUAGGUAAGAGCAACUUGGAAAAUGGGUCAGACGGCAUAAGGAGGACAGAGUUUUCCCACAAUAUAAAUGGUGAAAGUCAAGCUCAGGUUUCAGACAAUACUGUGCCUGGAGGAGACCAUGAUAACAGACCUGUAUCAGUAGUGCACUCCCGGAAAUCUGUCACAGAGGCCUUACUUGACCCUCUUUCAGACUCUAACAUCACUGAUGGAGAAAAAGACUCCAUAUUAACCCAAAGCCCACACAGACAUUUUCCAGAAUUGUCCAGCAUUGAGUCACCAAUUGAACCGGAUACCACCUGUGAGGACGCAGAACCCAUUAUUGGUGUCCGUGGGUUCCCAGAAAGGCGUCCUGCAGAGUUGCGUCUGUCCCUUAGCAUGACUCCGCUUCAGCCGGCACCUCCAAAGCGCUCAUUUACCGAAUCAGAUACUGACACCGAAGAUGCUUCAGAAGACCACAGCAAUGGAUAUAAGUCAAAAAAGGGCAGAGCAGGAUCUUUGCUACUCCAGGAGCAAAGCCCGUUUGACAGGCACCCGGGAGAAUGGGGUGCAGUGGAGCCCGAUUCACCAGCUGAGCAUUGUGAGCUCAUUAAGACAGAUGACGACCUGACCGGCGCUGGUGCCAGAGAAAGCACUGGAGCUCUGAGGGAAGGAGCUGUGACGGAUGCAAGCCCACUGUUGACUACUAUACAUUUGAGAAAGACCAUUGACUCCAGUGAAUUAAAGGGACAAAAUGGGAAGACUUUAGAUGACAUCAAAGUGGAUGGUACUAUAAUCAACAAAAGCUCAGAGAGUAAGAGUCCAGAAAGCACAUCUGAAGCCCUGUCUGACCUUGUGUUCAUCCUCUUGACUGCGUGGCUCUUCGUUUACUGCCUUCUUGUCCUGCCUCAGAUUGACUCAAGGACGCUUCCUAAACUCCUCUUCAACAUGGACGAAUGAUUGCAACAUUAACCAACAAGAAAAUUCAUUCUCACACACUGAUACAUCUGCUUCCUAAUAAAAAUGGAGUAGUUCACCUGAAAAUUAAAGGGCAGACAUUGUUUUAAAUAUUUCAGUGUAAGAUGAGGGUAAGUAAAUGAGGACAGAAUUGGGUUUUAGUCCAUUGUCCAUUACAAGAUUAUUCUAAUUAUCAUUAUUUUAAUUGCAAUUGUAACUUCUCCUUUUAAUACAUUUUUCCACUUUUAAAUAAGAUUUUUUUUAAUUCUGAGAAAAAACUAAAAUAAAUGUAGAACUUUGAGAUUCUAGAAAAAAAUGUGUAAGAUAUGGGAAAAAAGUCAGAAUUAAAAAACUUUCAGACACACACACAAAUCAAAGAUAAAAGCUACAACUGAAAGACAUAAACUUUUGAAUUUAAUGUAAAAACUAAAAAAGAAAUUACACUAAACUCUGAAAGAAACGUCAGAAUAAACUCAGAGUGUUGAGAUCUAAAAAAGGGCUCAGAGAAAAAAAAUUAGAAACAAAGAAUCUUCAGACUAUAUCUUCAGACUUCACAAACCUGCAUUUGCAAUUUUUCCUCAUUGCGGUAAAGUUGAUUUCAUAUUCGCACAUUCGGACAUUCUCCUUAAUAUUAUAAUUUCAGAAAAGUAUUAUUUGCAAAUUCUAAAUAGGGAAAUCAUAAUAGCAGCCAAUGACUAUCAAAGUACAAAAUUGUUCACAAUCAAUUUGAUAGCGCUAAUGUUGUUUUGAAGUCAUACUAAAGGGGGUCGCACACCAGAUGUGCCGCUCGGCAACGUGCCAUAUCGCGCCAGCCAUGCAGCAUCAUGCAAUUUUAGAAUUUUAAAUAUAAGUUUCUAUCAGGGUAUGCUCACCGGCGCCGCAAGUCGGCCGCUGUCCAUGGCGCCAAGCCACGACUUGGGACACUGUUUAUAUUUCUGCCGCGACACAGAGCGUCAUCUGAAUAGUUUCAUUUAAAAUUUAACAUACAAAUGUGCGCGUAUGGUGUCCGAUACUUUCAACUGUCAUGUGCGCGCCCUGUCGCGGCGCAUCUGGUGUGCGACCUGCUUUAGACUGCAUCUGAAAUCACCUACUAAGUAGGUACUGCAUUUGAAUUUACUACUCGACCAUUGAAAAGUACGUUCUAUACAGUAUGAAUGCGAGUAGUAGGCAUGGACGUACUACAUCCGCUAUUUUGUCAUGGUCACGUGAUCUACCCGCAUCAGUUGCAUUGCUUCUCUCCGAUUCAUGAAUUCUCUCAUGGGGCAUCAUGGGAUUGCGUACCAUGCAUCUAUUGCUGCGACUCAAUUCGCAUACUAUCCAUUCUAAGUAGUAUUCGAAAAUAGAAUUAGUAUGUCCCAAACCAUAGUAUGUUGGAAAGAGUAUGCCAAAGGUUCCUGGAUAGUUUACGAUUUCUGGUAAAAACCCAUAGGUCUCAAAUCAAUUCCUGGAGGGCCGCGCCUCUGCACAGUUUUGCUCCAACCCUAAUCAAACACAGCUGAUCUUUCAGUGUCUUGUAGUCUUGAACAUGUUGAUUAGUUGGAUGAGCUGCUUUUGAUCAGGGUUGGAGCAAAACUGUGCAGAGCUGCAGCCCUCCAGGAACCUACUUUGAGACCUAUGCUCUAACUGCUAAUAUUGCCCACAAUACAUUGCACAUUGGACGGCAAUUUAAACAAACUACAAACAUGGCGGAUGCGCAAGAUUAAGCGUCAAGUAGAGAGGCUGCGGUAAAGUUGUUUGAACGACUGUUAAUCAAUAUCUAGCAACUGGAACAUCUUUAAAUCUCGUUUUCCGUGUUACAGUAUAUUUCAUCAGCAACAAUGGAACUUAUAUCAAGAUAUGUUUGGACAUUAACUUCUGAAUGCGGAAUUAUCCAAAGACCUGAGGAGAUUUCUCUGCAUGAAAGACUCACAAAUGGCAGAUUAUCCUGCUGCUGCUUCUCCAGUAAAGUAGGUAAUGGGGAUGAUGUGUUGAGAUGAUUGACGAGGCAUAACUAUGCAACAUAAUGAUCUGUUAUUGAGGAAGUAGUAUGUCCCAAAGCUUGCAUACUCUUCUGUCACAUACUCAAAAGUAUAUACUUUUACUUUACAAAAAAAAAAACAUACUUUUAGGGCAUAGUAUACGUGUGUGAAUUCGGAUGCAGUAACAGUUUUAGCGUACUAUAUAGUAUGGAAGUAUGCGAUUUCGAACGCAGCCUUACUGUAUUUAUAAUUUCAGACCGAAUAUUAAAAUUAGCAUGGUAAACAAUAUGGGGACCGUUAAAAUAAAUGAAUGUGCAAAUAUAAAACCACCUUUACCUCAAUUUUUUCUUCACUUGCAAAUAAGGAAGUCAUAAUUCACUUACUUUUCUUUGGCUGAGUCCCUGCCUUUAUCAGGGGUCGCCAUUGUGAAAUGAACCGCCAGGAUGUCAGAAUUGUGAGAUGAAAGCAAAUUUGAAAUAUAUAUAUAUAUAUAUAUUUGUUCUUUCUUUUUUAUGAUGGAAAUAAGCUUUUAAUACCAGGACUCAAUGUAAACUUUGGGGAAAAUUGUCCAUGUCGAUCAGCUUGGUUGCCUUUUGUAUUUCAGUUCACACCUGCACACAAAGAAAGUGUUUUUUUCCAUUUGGUUGGAGGGUUUUUGCAAUCAGAUAACAUUUAUUCUGGGUAAUAUUCUUAUGCUUUAGAUGCACAUGCAGCACAACUACACAACUGAUUAUUUAUGAUGCUUUUGAAGAACAUGCUUUUUGGCCUUUAUGUUGUUGUUCGUAUGUUAAUUGAAGAAUUUGUAUAAAACGAGUGCUUUUCUGGUAUGCUUUACAGCUGUUAUGCUACGAGUUUUUGAAUGUAUCUUUUUAAAAGUGACCACAUUAUAUAGGCCCCUUUAUUUUGUGCAUUAAAUUGUAAAAAUGAAGGUGUUUUAGCACAAAUACAUGCUUAGAUUAUGUUCCACUAAUAUUUUGCCAGGGUAUUAUGGUUUAUAUAUUAAAAAGAAAAUCCAUUAUAGGGCUUUCUAAGAUAAGAGACACUUUUGAUGGUGUCAACAGCACUUUUAUGAAACAAGAACUGCCAAAGAUUUAGUUCGAGAUGUAAUCUAUGCCCGAUAUGGUGAACAAAUUAUGAAUUAUUAUUUUAAUAUUAAAUCCUGCACUCACAGAAGGUAUUUUAUGCAUUUUACAAAAUGCAAGAAGAGCACAUUAAAGACUUAAACAUGUUUAUUGGUCAUUUUACACAUUUAUAAAUGCAUUAUAUUGACUGAAUUUGUAAUAUUUUGGACACUGAAGUUGUUAACGGUGGUUUUAUGGGUCUCGGGACUGAUAUAAAUCCAUAAACUGAAGGAUUGAGCCUGUAGGGCUUGUAAUGUGUUGUAAAAAGUUUGUUUUCUUCUUAUACUUUACUAAAUUUUAACCCGAAAUGUUCACCUCCACAGAACACAGUGCCAGUUGCAUGAUCAUUAAUUAAUGUAAACUCUGGACAAAAGCAGAUUGUUAAUGCAUCCUGAGCAAUUUCUAAGCCUACAAAAUACAUCCAAACCUGCAAACAAGCCAAACUUUCUGCAUGAGAAUGUGUAUGAGGAAUAACUUGUCUUUAACAAGAUUUUUAAAAGUCACCAAGUGAAACUAUGUCCUGCUUUUGUAAAGAAAAUUGUUCAUUUUCAUGUUAAAAUGCACUGGAGUGCAAUAAAUGAUAUAUCCUUUUA